UUCAUGGAUAAUCCCCAUCCAGGUAUUAAUGAAAAAAAAAACACGCGUAGUUCAGCGAAGAGUCUCUUUUCGGUGGCGGCGAAUUCAUUUUCUUAGCUGCACAAUCGCAAAAUAGAUAUGUGUGUCAUUUUGUAUGUAUGUGUACAUUAAGUUUGUCAAACAAAAAUACUAUUGGUUAUGGUUAUUUUAAAUAAACAGGUAAAGAUUGGUAAUUGGAGUUACGUAAAUACAAAAUUAGAGUAGUAACAAAGGUAAUGAGUUGUCACAAAGAGUUGUUAAAAAGAAGUUAUGUAAUAACCAGUACUCCCAGAUUAUCCAGUGGUUCUCUAACUGAUAUCAGCUCAUGAUGAAAUCCUCCAUGCAAUCAAACAAAAUCCUUACAAUAUAUGUGUAAACCUUGGGCACUGUGAUAGAUUUAGUCCAUGUGUUGGCUUCUUCAACUAAAGGAGAUUAUGAAAGUCUUAUUAAAACAUUGUUUCGUGGAAAUUUACAAAUAUUGGCCUACGAUUUAUAUAAAGGCAUGAAAGGACUUAGUACUAAUACAGAUGUACUCAAUGAAAUUAUCUGCUGUUGUAAUAAUGAUGAAAUACAUAUGCUGAAAAGGGCUUAUCAUGACGUCCUCCUGGAAGAAGAACCUAAAAAGGCUGACUCACGUUCACUUGAAGGUGAUGUUAUGAAAGAGACGAAACCACCAUAUGAGACUUUAUUAACAGCUAUACUACAAGGUAGACGUGAUGAAGAUCCACCGGAAUUAGUUGAAGAAGCCCUGAGAACUAGAAGUACUUCAAGGCUGGUUAGUCGAAGUCAAGUUGAAAGAGAUGUUGAAGAUUUAUAUUUUGCUGGAGAGAAACGAUCUGGCAAAGGGGAUCAUGAUACAUUCAUUAAAAUAUUGACAAAACGCAGUAAAUAUCACGUUAAAGAAAUUUGGGAUCUGUAUUUAUCAAGAUAUCACGUUACCUUAGUUGAGACGGUAUCGAAAAAAUUCUCAGAACCAUUAAGAUCUGGUCUGAACACAAUGAUUAUGGCGCUUAAAGAUUUACGUCUUUUAUUGGUAUGUCAGCUGUAUGAUAGUAUGUAUGGACUAGGCACACGAGAAGAUACACUGAUACGUAUUGUCUCUCUACGUUGUGAGAUUGACAUGAACACGCUGAAGUCAAUGUAUCGUGAAUAUUUUGGAAAGCCUUUGAUUGAAGCUGUCCGAGAAGAUACUUCUGGAGAUUUUCGUAAACUACUUCUUACAUUACUUGGCGAAUGAAUAUCAGAGAAUGGAAAUACAAGUCGAAGAAGAAGAAGAACAGGAGGAAGAGUUGGAAGCAAUUAUUGUCUAUAGGUUGAACAAUAAAUAACUAAAUAAAUAAAUAUUUCAAUUUGACUCUGAAAAAGACCUUAUUAAAAGUAGAGUACACAGUGGAGUUUUCUGACUUUCUGUUUUCUUCUUUCUGUCUAGUAAACUUCCAGUGAUGUCUGUGUUGUUUUGUAUUUUGUGUGUUUUUUUUUAUUUCGAUUUCCCACCUAUGCAAUAAACUAUACUAUGUCUUUUAGUAAAUUUUGAUAUUGUUAUGACUGCGAGUAUUGUCAUCUUUCAUUAUGGAUAUUUCGUUUGUUUGUUUGGUUGGUUGGUUAGUUAGUCGGUUGGUUGAUUGAUUGAUUGAUUGAUUUUCCCGCAAUUUUGUGAAAACCUUAAAACAAACAUGAGUGUGCGUGUUUCAAAAAAAAAUAAAGUGUUAUUAUUAUACAGAAAAA